AUGGCGAAUUCUCAAAUCCCCAAUCUCAAUUUCGGUAGUCCGAUAAUCUUCUUCGAUUCCAAUCCCGAAAUGCAACAAGGCUACCUAGGAUCCUGUCUCACCAGUCUCAAAGAAACGUUAAAAACCUCCUGGACGGGCGAAGUUCGCAAAUUUCACCACCCGGGAACCCUUCGCAUCAUAUUCUGGACCCCAGAUAACAAAGAAUGUAUAAAAGAUUACGAAUUGCAUGAAUAUAAACUUGUGCGGGAAGCGUGGGAAUCGUUAUUUAAUCUGCCUGAUGUGAAACGUGCGAUUGUUAUGGGAUAUAGUGGACAGAAUCCUUAUAUUAAGGAUUUUGGGGAGAAGAAUCCUUGGGAGGAUAAGAUUGAGAGGGAGAAGAUGAGGCAGAGGAAGAGUGCUCAGAGGCAGGGUGAGAGUAAGGAGGGGAGGACGGGAAGGGAGAUUGAUAUUAAAGAGGUUAUUGAUCGCACGGAGGAAGAGGAGGUUAAGAAGAUUGCUGAAGCGAGUGGAAAGAGACCGAUGAAGUUUGAGGAGGUUUGA